UCCUCCAUGUUCUUCCAGUUUGGCCCGUCCAUUGAACAGCAGGCUUCCGUGAUGCUCAACAUCAUGGAGGAGUAUGACUGGUACAUCUUCUCUAUCGUCACCACCUACUUCCCUGGCUACCAGGACUUUGUCAACAAGAUUCGCAGCACCAUCGAGAACAGCUUCGUGGGCUGGGAGCUGGAGGAGGUCCUUCUGCUGGACAUGUCCUUGGACGAUGGGGAUUCUAAAAUCCAGAACCAGCUCAAGAAACUUCAGAGCCCCAUCAUUCUUCUUUACUGUACUAAGGAAGAGGCCACGUACAUCUUCGAAGUGGCUAACUCAGUAGGGCUGACCGGCUACGGCUACACGUGGAUUGUGCCUAGUCUGGUGGCGGGGGACACGGACACAGUGCCCUCGGAGUUCCCCACCGGCCUGGUCUCUGUGUCCUACGACGAGUGGGACUACGGCCUCCCUGCCAGAGUGAGGGACGGGAUCGCCAUCAUCACCACCGCGGCCUCCGACAUGCUGUCGGAACACAGCUUCAUCCCCGAGCCCAAGAGCAGCUGCUACAACACCCACGAGAAGAGGAUCUACCAGUCCAAUAUGCUGAACAGGUAUCUGAUCAAUGUGACUUUUGAAGGGAGAAAUCUGUCCUUCAGUGAAGACGGCUACCAGAUGCACCCAAAGCUGGUGAUCAUCCUUCUGAACAAGGAGAGGAAGUGGGAGAGGGUAGGGAAGUGGAAAGACAAGUCCCUGCAGAUGAAGUACUACGUGUGGCCCCGAAUGUGUCCUGAGACAGAAGAGCAGGAGGAUGACCACUUGAGCAUUGUAACACUGGAGGAAGCCCCAUUCGUCAUUGUGGAGAGCGUGGACCCUCUGAGUGGAACCUGCAUGAGGAACACGGUCCCCUGCCAAAAGCGCAUCAUCUCCGAAAAUAAAACAGAUGAGGAGCCAGGUUACAUCAAAAAGUGCUGCAAGGGGUUCUGUAUUGAUAUCCUUAAGAAGAUUUCUAAAUCUGUGAAGUUCACCUAUGAUCUUUACCUCGUUACCAACGGCAAGCACGGGAAGAAAAUCAACGGAACCUGGAAUGGUAUGAUUGGAGAGGUGGUCAUGAAGAGGGCCUACAUGGCAGUGGGGUCGCUGACCAUCAACGAGGAGCGAUCAGAGGUGGUCGAUUUCUCCGUGCCCUUCAUAGAGACUGGCAUCAGCGUCAUGGUGUCACGCAGCAAUGGGACCGUUUCACCUUCUGCCUUCUUAGAGCCAUUCAGCGCUGACGUGUGGGUCAUGAUGUUUGUGAUGCUCCUCAUCGUCUCGGCCGUGGCCGUCUUUGUCUUCGAGUACUUUAGCCCCGUGGGUUACAACAGGUGCCUCGCUGACGGCAGAGAGCCAGGUGGCCCAUCUUUCACCAUCGGCAAAGCUAUUUGGUUACUGUGGGGUCUGGUGUUUAACAACUCCGUCCCCGUGCAGAACCCCAAGGGUACCACGUCCAAGAUCAUGGUGUCCGUGUGGGCCUUCUUUGCCGUCAUCUUCCUGGCCAGCUACACUGCCAACUUAGCUGCCUUCAUGAUCCAAGAGGAGUAUGUGGACCAGGUUUCCGGCCUGAGUGACAAGAAGUUCCAGAGACCUAAUGACUUCUCACCCCCUUUCCGCUUUGGCACUGUGCCCAAUGGCAGCACGGAGAGGAAUAUUCGCAAUAACUAUGCAGAAAUGCAUGCCUACAUGGGGAAGUUUAACCAGAGAGGUGUCGAUGAUGCACUGCUCUCCCUGAAAACAGGGAAACUGGAUGCCUUCAUCUAUGAUGCAGCCGUGCUGAACUACAUGGCCGGUAGAGAUGAGGGCUGCAAGCUGGUGACCAUUGGCAGUGGGAAGGUCUUUGCCUCCACUGGUUAUGGCAUUGCCAUCCAAAAAGACUCUGGAUGGAAGCGCCAGGUGGACCUUGCUAUCCUGCAGCUCUUCGGAGAUGGGGAGAUGGAGGAGCUGGAAGCUCUGUGGCUCACAGGCAUCUGCCACAAUGAGAAGAACGAGGUCAUGAGUAGCCAGCUGGACAUCGACAACAUGGCGGGCGUCUUCUACAUGCUGGGGGCCGCCAUGGCUCUCAGCCUCAUCACCUUCAUCUGCGAACACCUCUUCUAUUGGCAGUUCCGGCACUGCUUUAUGGGUGUCUGUUCUGGCAAGCCCGGCAUGGUCUUCUCCAUCAGCAGAGGUAUCUACAGCUGCAUCCACGGCGUGGCCAUUGAGGAGCGCCAAUCCGUGAUGAACUCCCCCACCGCCACCAUGAACAACACGCACUCCAAUAUCCUGCGUCUGCUGCGCACGGCCAAGAACAUGGCCAACCUGUCGGGUGUGAAUGGCUCACCGCAGAGCGCCCUGGACUUCAUCCGCCGCGAGUCGUCUGUCUAUGACAUCUCCGAGCACCGCCGCAGCUUCACGCACUCCGACUGCAAGUCCUACAAUAACCCGCCCUGCGAGGAGAACCUGUUCAGUGACUACAUCAGUGAGGUGGAAAGGACUUUCGGGAACCUGCAGCUCAAGGACAGCAACGUCUACCAGGACCACUACCACCACCACCACCGGCCCCACAGCAUCGGCAGCGCCAGCUCCAUAGAUGGGCUCUAUGACUGCGACAACCCGCCCUUCACCACGCAGCCCCGGGCCCUGGGCAAGAAGCCCCUGGACAUUGGCCUUCCCUCGUCCAAGCACAGCCAGCUCGGCGACCUGUACGGCAAGUUCUCGUUCAAGAGUGACCGCUAUGGCGGCCACGACGACCUGAUCCGCUCCGACGUGUCAGACAUCUCCACCCACACGGUCACCUAUGGCAACAUCGAGGGCAACGCGGCCAAGAGACGGAAGCAGCAGUACAAGGACAGCCUGAAGAAGCGUCCGGCCUCAGCCAAGUCUCGCCGCGAGUUCGACGAGAUAGAGCUGGCCUACCGCCGCCGGCCGCCCCGCUCCCCAGACCACAAGCGCUACUUUCGAGACAAGGACGGGCUGCGGGACUUCUACCUGGACCAGUUCCGUGCCAAGGAGACCUCGCCGCACUGGGAGCACGUGGACCUGACCGACCUCUACAAGGAGCGUGGCGAGGAUUUCAAGCGCGACUCGGUGGGUGGCGGAGGGCCCUGUACCAACCGAGCUCAUCAUCUUAAGCACGGCACGGGCGACAAGCACGGCGGGGGGGUCGUCGGCGGGGUCCCGGCCCCCUGGGAGAAGAACCUGACCAACGUGGACUGGGAGGAGCGCCCUGGGGGCAACUUCUGCCGCAGCUGCCCAUCCAAGCUGCACAACUACUCGACGACGACAGCAGCAACGGCGGUGGUGGCUGGCCAGAACUCGGGCAGGCCGGCCUGCAUCCGCUGCGAGGCGUGCAAGAAGGCCGGCAACCUGUACGACAUCAGCGAGGACAACUCGCUGCAGGAGUUGGAUCAGCCGGCCGCCCCAGUGGCGGCCGUGACGUCCGCAGCGUCUAAGUACCCGCAGAGCCCCACCAACUCCAAGGCGCAGAAGAAGCCCCGGAACAAGCUGCGGCGCCAACACUCCUACGACACGUUCGUGGACCUGCAGAAAGAAGAGGCCGCCCUGGCCCCGCGCAGCGUGAGCCUCAAGGACAAGGGCCGCUUCCUGGACGGCAGCCCCUACGCGCACAUGUUCGAGAUGCCGGCAGGCGAGAGCGCUUUUAGUGGCAGCAACGAUGGCAAGGCGGCGGCGCCAGCCACGGGACAUCACCACCACGGCAAUCCCGGCGGCGGCGGUGGCUACAUGCUCAGCAAGUCUCUCUACCCCGACCGGGUCACGCAGAACCCUUUCAUCCCCACUUUCGGGGACGACCAGUGCUUGCUCCACGGCAGCAAAUCCUACUUCUUCAGGCAGCCCACGGUGGCUGGGGCACCAAAGGCCAGGCCGGACUUCCGGGCCCUUGUGAGCAACAAGCCGGUGGUCUCGGCCCUGCACGGGGCUGUGCCGGGCCGCUUCCAGAAAGACAUCUGUAUAGGGAACCAGUCCAACCCCUGUGUGCCUAACAACAAAAACCCCAGGGCUUUCAAUGGCUCCAGCAAUGGGCAUGUGUAUGAGAAACUGUCUAGUAUUGAGUCUGAUGUCUGAGUGAGGGAAGAGAGAGGCCGAAGGUGCGUCCGGGAGGGUCUGGCUGUGGGCGUGUGGCACGCAUGUCACGGAGGGUGAACGGGGGGUAAGGGGGUGAACUUGGUUCCCAUUUGCUCCUUUCUUGUCGUUUUCAUUUAUUUUUGAGAUCCUGGAGUUCUGAUUCCUUCUGAGGGUGAGCCUGGUGACCAGCACCAUUUCUGCCUCCUUUCCAGCACCCUCUUCCUACUUCCUCCUCCUUCCCGUCUGUCCAUCCUGUCCCCGUUCCCAGUUCCCGCGAGAGGAUACGGUAGGCUGUUGUUCCCAGUUCCAGAGAGUGGAUAAGUGGGCUGGCUCGGCUAGAGCGGAGAAGGCAGUGGCCACAGGGGAUCUUGCUCCUGGUGUGGAAGGACUCUUUGCCACCCGGUUGGAGCGAAGCCAAGGAGAAGCAGGAGGAGGCCAGGGAGGGGGGAACGCAGGAUACCUCUUGCUGAACUGAUCUGUAUGUGUAGGUGAGGAAGCAAAAGCAUUCCCAUAAGAUCUAUUAGCGGUGCACUGCCUGUGAAUGAAAAGAGGCUUUUGCUAAAUUCUUAUUGCUUAGAUGGGUGUGUUUGGGGAUCAGGCGCCAAGCAGAGGGUGGGAAGCCCUGUGUGUUUAUAUAUAAGCCAAAAAAAAGUUUUCUCCAAUUCCAUGAUGAUGGUGAACUGGAGUGAAAAGUCAUUGACAGAUGAUGAAAAGAACAUUAGAGCAGUUGUUUUGUGGCACAUUAGAGGCAAAGAAGGAGGGACUGCCUGUGCAUGUGUCUGUAUACACUUGCACACCUAUUGUCUAUACACAUCUGUUGUCAGAGGCCUAUUUGUGUAGAAGGCAACCUUGACCCCAUAAAGCUGUUUCUUCAGUAUUCCUAAGCAACAGGCUUUUUUUGGCUUGUAUACAAACAAAGAUGGUCCUAUGUUAUCUGAAUUAUGGCUCUCUCUCCCCCUUCACCCUUCCUGAAUAAGGAGAAUGGAAGUUCUUGACAAGAAGUUUCUGUGGCCUAGACAAAACAUGUGGGUGAACAUUCCUACAAGAGCAAGAUAUACAAAAAUAAUUCCUUCAUGGUUGCCAGGACUUUCAACUAGUCUUGGCCAAGAACUUUCCAGGAAGGCUAAAAGGAAAUAGAAGCAGCCAGGAUUCUUUUGCACAUAACCGAGGGCAGAAUAGUGGGCAAAGCUCAUUUGAGCUUUUGAAACUCUCAGCUGGCUAUUUUGCAGGAAAGAGCUAAAGGAAUGCUUUGAAGGGCAAGGGGCAUCGUUUAUGAUAGGAUAAGUGAGAGGGGGGAUGUUUUCAAUGCUUUGAUCCCUUCUUACUUAACCUGGAGCUAGGUGAGCAGGCUUGUUACCCCCUGAAUUGGCCACAAGUGAUAUGGAACAGACAGUGCAGAGCUUUGAGCUUGCUCCUCAAGUACAGCUCAGGAGACAGGAAAGGAAAGGGAAGAGAUUUGAAAGAGGGGACGGGAGACGGAGAGGGACUCCCCUGCUACCUCGUUGGGUCUGGCUCCCAGAGAAUGUGACAUUGAGCCCAGUGUGGACACUCUGUAGAAGCCCCUCCUCCUUCCUGCAGCACCUCCUUCAUCUCCCAGAUCGUACUAUACAAGAAUAAAAAAGUAUGUGUGUGUGUGUGUGUGUAUAUAUAUAUACAUAUAUAUAUAUAUGUAUGUAUACAUAUAAAACUCCAGGGAUGAGGGUACUGGCAGACAGGAAGCCCCCUUCACUCAAAGUUGAAAACUUGAGAAGGGAAACGACUACUUGUCACUGCCAGUCCCGAAACUUGGGGUAGACGUGUUCCAGGGCUCAGUUCCACUCUUCUGCCAACCUCCCCUCUCCCCAGGUGGCAGCCAAAAAGCCAGGUCAGUUUAGAAGCUUGGCCACAGGAUCUCCAUGUUACACACAGGACAUAUAAACCAGAAAGGUGCUCAUCCUCCUCUGAAGGAAGCUGCCAUGUCUCUUGGAGAAAUCCCAUCCACCCCGACUCACCUCCCUUCCUCACCUCCCCACCCCGUCCUUGACUGUGACCUCCGCCCUCCUUGAUUUUUACCUCAGUGUCUUUCAUUUUCAAGCCAACUGAAGGCCUUGUAAAGCUUUGUUUUCUUUCUAAAAUGAACCUGGGGGCAAGGGGCUGAACCUCUCACAGGCUUGGAGAGAGGAGCACGGAGUGCUUUACCUUAGAUUCAAGGAAAGACUCGGAGCGAGAGGACAGAGGGCGUGAGGUGUCUCCAGGAGGA